AAAAUUUGCUAGUUGUGUUUAGUCGACUGAAUCUCUCGAUUACACGGCUUUAUUUUUCGUUGUUUAUUUUCCGUGUAUCGUUUUCAUUAUUUUGCCGUUGACAUAUCGAAACGAAUUGAAGUGAGAUUUUGAAAAUGCAAAACAAUUUAAGGAAAUUGGUGACAAUCGGAGCUAAGAGCUCGGUCUUGAUCGGUUUCCGUAGCAAUUUUGGUUUAUUGGGAACUUUUGGCAAUCGUGCCUAUUCAACGCAACAUGAAGCCGAUUUGGUGGUGAUUGGUUCAGGACCCGGAGGAUAUGUAACUGCCAUUAAAGCUGCUCAACUUGGUUUUAAAACCAUCAGUGUUGAAAAAGAGCCAACUUUAGGCGGAACAUGUUUGAAUGUUGGAUGCAUCCCAUCGAAAGCAUUAUUGAACAAUUCGCAUUACUAUCAUAUGGCCCAUUCUGGUGAGCUUGCUAGCCGCGGUAUAAAUGUUAGCAAUGUUGAACUCGAUUUGGAAAAAUUGAUGGGCGAAAAAUCAAAGGCUGUCAAAGCAUUGACCGGUGGUAUUGCUCAAUUAUUCAAAAAGAAUAAAGUUGAUGUUGUUCGCGGUUAUGGUACAAUCACAUCACCAAAUGAAGUUUCCGUACAAACUGAAGGUGGCGUCGAAACGAUUCGCACACAAAACAUCAUCAUUGCGACUGGUUCAGAAGUUACACCAUUCCCUGGCAUCGAAAUCGAUGAAGAGCGUAUUGUUUCCAGCACAGGCGCACUUAAAUUGCAAGAAGUACCAAAAAAUAUGUUGGUGAUUGGUGCUGGUGUUAUCGGUUUGGAAUUGGGUUCAGUAUGGUCACGUUUGGGUGCCGAAGUAACUGCUAUUGAUUUCCUCGAUGUCAUUGGCGGUGUUGGCAUGGAUACCGAAGUAUCGAAAUCAUUCCAAAAAAUCUUGGCUAAACAGGGACUCAAAUUCAAACUUGGCUACAAAGUAACCGGAGCUUCAAGAUCUGGUGACACAGUCAAUGUGUCAUUAGAAAAGAAAGAUGGAAGUAGCAAAGAAGACGUCAGUGCCGAUGUUGUUCUCGUGUCAGUUGGCCGUCGUCCAUACACACAAAACCUUGGAUUGGAAUCCGUUGGUAUUGUUUUGGAUGACAAAGGCCGUAUUCCAGUUAACGGACGCUUCCAAACCAUUGUACCAAGCAUCUACGCUAUUGGUGAUGUAAUCCAUGGCCCAAUGCUUGCUCACAAAGCCGAAGACGAGGGUAUCAUUUGUGUUGAAGGACUUAAGGGCGGUCAUGUGCAUAUCGAUUAUAAUUGCGUACCAAGCGUUGUUUACACACAUCCAGAAGUUGCAUGGGUUGGUAAAUCGGAGGAACAACUUAAAGCCGAAGGUGUUGAAUAUAAAGUCGGCAAAUUCCCAUUCUUAGCCAAUUCACGUGCCAAAACAAAUAACGACACCGACGGUUUCGUGAAAGUGCUCGCCGAUAAAGCCACCGACCGGAUACUUGGAACACAUUUAAUUGGACCCGGAGCUGGUGAACUAGUCAAUGAAGCAGCGCUUGCGAUGGAAUACGGUGCUUCCGCAGAAGACGUUGCCCGUGUCUGUCAUGCACAUCCGACCUGCGCUGAGGCAUUGAGAGAAGCAAAUUUAGCUGCAUACUGUGGAAAACCAAUCAAUUUCUAGGCGAAGCCACAUUUAAAAUAAAACUCACUUAAACUUAAACGACGAAUAAAUAUUAAUAAAAUACCAGAAAACAAAACCAAAA